CGCCAAUGAUGAAUGACGUCAAGAAAGAGCAAACGGUAUCGUUUAUGUUAGGAGUUCGGACAUUUUGUGGUCAAUUAUCAACUGCUUCGGUGGUCGUUACAAUUAGACAAAAUAAAAAGUACCAAAUAAGCUCCAAUAUCCAUCCACAACCAGAAAAAAUAUGAAGAAAGCAAUAAAAAGCAAAGAUAAAACCAAAUACUUGGUUGAGAAACUUUCUUUGGUUUGGUAAUUCUAAGCAAAGAAAACAACACCCUUCUUCUUAAACAGAGAAAACUGAGCAGGGCAAUGGUUUCACUAUGCUUGAAUUCAUUGCCACUGCCACCUUCUUCAUACCCCAAAAAGCUUACUGAAACUUCCUUGUCAUCCUCUUCUUUCAGUAAUGGUAGUAUAGGAACAGCCUUGAAGCCCAUUGUUGUCAGUGGAAAUCCUCCCACUUUUGUUUCUGCUCCGGGUCGCCGUAUUAUAGCAGUUGGAGAUCUUCAUGGAGACCUUGACCAAGCAAGAUGUGCACUUGAGAUGGCUGGUGUCUUGAGUUCUGAUGGUGAAGACAUAUGGACGGGAGAAGAUGCGGUAUUGAUUCAGCUUGGAGAUGUACUUGAUCGAGGAGAAGAUGAAAUAGCCAUUUUAUCCUUGUUGAGAUCAUUAGAUAUACAAGCAAAGGCUAAAGGUGGAGCUGUUUUCCAGGUCAAUGGAAAUCAUGAGACAAUAAAUGUGGAAGGGGAUUUUAGAUAUGUAGAAUCCGGCGCUUUUGACGAGUGUGCUAAUUUCCUCGAAUACUUGAAUGACUACGAACAUGACUGGGAGGAAGCAUUUGUCCGUUGGUGUAGCAUGUCUAAGAGGUGGAAAGAUGAAAGGAGAAUUUCUAGAAACAAUUGGGGCUCUUGGAAUCUAGUAAAGAGACAAAAGGGGGUGACUGCCAGAUCGGUUCUGUUUAGACCGGGUGGUCCACUUGCGUGUGAGUUGGCACGACAUGCCGUAGUUCUUAAGGUUAAUGACUGGAUCUUCUGUCAUGGUGGCCUCCUUCCUCACCAUGUUGCUUAUGGCAUACAGAGGAUGAACAUGGAAGUAUCUCAAUGGAUGAAAGGUCUCAUCGGGGAGGAUAGUAGUCCUCACAUGCCCUUCAUAGCCACCAAAGGCUAUGAUAGUGUUGUUUGGAACCGCUUAUACUCUAGAGAUGUUUCAGACUUAGAGGAUUAUCAGAUUAACCAGAUAAAUGAUAUUGUUGAAGAGACACUGCAAGCAGUAGGAGCUAAGGCAAUGGUGGUAGGACACACGCCUCAAUACUCCGGGGCAAAUUGUGAGUACAAUUGCAGCAUAUGGCGGGUUGAUGUGGGAAUGUCCAGUGGAGUUCUAAAUUCAAGACCAGAGGUUCUAGAAAUAAGAGAUGAUAAAACGAGGGUAAUAAGGAGCAAAAAGGACACGUUCAGGAAGCAUCAGAUUGUUGACUAUAUAUAGCUAGCUACAGGAAGUAAAUAAUCAGGAUUCUUUAUAACUUCCUUGAAUCAUCAUCAUCCAUCUAUCCAUCCGUCUGCAGCAUAGUUUGCUCUGUAAGAAUUAUGUUCAACAACAACAAAAAAACAAAGAUAAUUUUUGUAAAUCAACAGACAGAGGAAGGUGCCAAGUACUCUCUUCAAAUCAUGCUGGGAAGCUGAAGUUGAUUCUGGAACCUGGCUUUAAUGUCUAAUCAUUUUUUGAGUGAUUAUUUGAUUUUGAGUGAGACAGUAUACAAGCAAUAUUUCUUUCUGAUUGUUCUU